ACUGUUUUCGGAUACAAUUUUAAUAUGUAAGUUUUAUCUAUUUAUCUAUUUAUUUAUCUAACCUAUUUAACAAUUCAGCGUACAUUUUCAUGGAAAAACACUACGUUUAUAAAUUCCUUGUCAAAAUAUGAAUUGACGGCCAGGACGUCGAAAUCCUCUCAACAACAACUUCAGAAGCGGGCUGACAUGGAACAAGUAAGCAAAGGUUUGAUAUGGAUGGAGAGGGAACUUGACGUGAAGACGGAAGCCAACAUCAUGAAGGAAAAACUGCAUGCUGUCAGAGAGAAAUACCAGAAGGCGAAUUAUGCCGAAAUAAAGGGAAAUAACAAGUCAUUUAUCGAAUGGAAUGAGGAUCUAUUGUCUUUCUGUAAAGCUAACAGGAGGAAGUAUCAGAUGGAAAACAGGACAGAAAAGAUUGAUAGACAAAUAUUUGAACUACAAAUGAUAAUUUCUCAAAAGGAAGAGGAAAUUGAAAAACUACGUGACGAGUUAAAAGAAGAAAGAGACAACAAGGACCAUGCGCUGAAUAGGCUCGAUGAUCUGCUGAAACAUGGAAAUCCGGAAAUAUCUGACCUGAGUGAUGAGAACCGACCAACAAAUCUAGGUCAGAGGUUCAAACAGUUAUACGAGGAGGAGUGGACCGAUGCAUUUGAAUUUUUGACAGAAAAGAGGGAAACAGACCUACGUGUUGAUGAUCGCAGAGCCAUUGGAAUUCUAUAUGAAAUGUUAAAGCGUUGCGAGAAACUUUGUGAAAAGGAACAGGCUGCGCAACAUUUAGAACUUGCAACACUUGUGAGAGGUCCAUGCUUCUUCAAGGCCGAUGUACCAAAAAUACAAGAAAAAUACAGUGCGUUGUUUAUGGAGUUUUUCAAAGGUAUUGCAGACGAAACUCUCAAGUAUUUACCCAUGACGGACCUAGUAGUUGAAAUAAACAAGGAUGGCUACUUUCAACAUGAUAUUUUACAAAAUCCUGAGAUAAGAACAUAUCUACAGAAGUGUUUCAACAUAUGUUGGCUCAUGUUGGCGCAACACCCACCCAUGCUGAUGGACUUUGAAACCAAGUCUGGGCAUACUUUGGAUAUAAACGUGUUUGAGCCCUACAGCUCAAGGGGACCGAUAAUUUCUGAGGUUGUCUGGCCCCCAGUUUACUUACACAAAGGUGGACCGCUUGUUUGCAAAGGAUAUUCUGAAGGUUCGAAGAAGCAAUGACAUGUUUCAAAGAGAUAUUAAAAAUAACGUUGUAUUAAAAGGUUGUUAUAUUUUUGUGUGUGUAGCAUUUAAGAUGGUUUUGAACUUUA